AUGCCACUCCCCUCGGGCUGUGGUGUAUGCGGCAAGGAUGAUAGAGUUCUCCGCUGCUCCGGCUGCAGAGUGAUGCUCUACUGCAGCGUCGAACACCAGACCGCGCACCGCCGGAAGCACAAGUCCGCGUGUAGCGCAAUCCGCAGAUGUCGCAUUACUAUGGAGAAUGAAGAACGGGUCCUACGGGACCACCCCGAUAAUAUCUUUACCUACGGCAUCGGCCAUUUCUGGAAGAUCCACGAGACCCGCCCUUACAUGCGCUACCGCGCUGCUCUUUCAGAUACCAUGACCGCCGUUAACCAUGUCGAGUCGCUCCAGAAACAGCUCAACAUCCUGAUAGACAAUCUGUAUCUCUCCCGAGGCGACAACAUGGGCUCGCGGGACGUCAUCCCCAGCCUGAUGAUCCGCCUCCAGCAGGACCAGGAGUGCUACGAUUUCCUGAAGUGGUGGGCGACCACCGGCCAGCAGGACGACUAUGACUGGGGUAACAAUACCCUGCCGUACCUGGACGUCAGGAACGCCAAUCCGCUCGAGCCCGUCGAUAUCUUCUGCGGCAGGUGGAUCGAUCUGCCCCAUCUCGUGGCCGUGACUUUAGUCAAGGUCAAGGUGUUGCAGGUGCUGCAGGGGCUCCUGGAAGACAUGGGACGUCCGGAUGGUAUGACGCACAUGCCGGAACUCGGCUUCUGUCCGUCGACUAUCAGCAAUAACCCCAAUAUCAUCACUUGCGACAAGCGCGUGGAAAUCGGGAGACUAAAGGCGCAAAUUCGCGCUUUGUACAACGAUGUCCACAAAUUGAACGCACAUUUCUGGCCGGCCCUGAUGAACCCAGGUAAGCAUUUGGACGCUAAGCCUAUGAGGUUUUCGGUCGGGAGCGUCGAACAGAUGCAGAUGGCUUUGAAUUUUACAUAUGAAGCUUGGGACGAGGCUCCCGGGGCUAUUGCUAUUAUCAAGAAGUGCAGUGAGGGUAAACUUUGA